UCUUUUGUUUUUCUUUCACUUUUCCUUCAAUGAGCCGCUCCCCUGCCUCGCCUCCUUGUGGCCCAACUUGGUGCCGAGCGCCCCAGCCCCCUCGCUCCGUCGCUCGUCUUCUUCCUCGCGCGAACGCGGCCACCGCAGGUUGGCUGAAUUGCGUGGUUGUGCGGGUUCGCAGCUACUGGAGUAGUAAACUAAGGAGAUGAGUAGAAUAGAGGGGCUACCCAGGGAUCUGCACUAGAGCAAAACUGAGAUGGGCUCACUGUGCUGCGUGGCGGCAAGGCCCCAUGGGACUAGCACCGCCAGCCGAGAGUGGUCUUCCGUUGGCCGGAGUGAUCCCCUCUGGCGUACCACCACUGGCUACUCGCCCCCACUGUCAAGAAGAUGGGAGUACCGAAUCAAUUCUGAGGGAUUGUCAUAUGGAAACCAUGUUGACAGUGGGGUUGCUGCCAAUUAUGGCUCAUCGCUCUCCUCAAAUAGUAAAGAUGCUAGCAGAAGCUGGGAGAGGAGUGAGGUUCAACCAGAUCAUCGUUAUUCUACCUCAGAGAGUGCCAUUUCAUAUUUCAACAGUCCAGAUGUUAGCUUCCAGAACCACCAUAUUAUGCUGCCAAUGUUGCAAGAUUCCAGCAUUGAUGAAUACAUGAGAGUUGUCUAUGCAGUUUCAGUGGCUGAGCCGAUAGGUGCACUGUUAUUGUCGGAGGGUAUGCCAGGACAGCAGAACAGUGGUGGUUCCACCUCCUCUCGCUCUGAUGGAAGCGAAUAUGAUAUUAUACCAAAAUCAUACCCCUCUACGCCACGGAACUUCCCAAGUCGUCGGUCAUUCCUGUCAAAGCCAAUUCAUCCUCUCUCAUUUCCGGAACAUGCCCUGGAAGGGCAAGAAACUUGUAGUCCUGUUGCCAGUACAAACUCGAACAAUCCUCUGCGCUCAGAGUUCAAGGGAAUUGGAGAGCGGAGCUCUCCAGGUCUCAUGGAUUAUGCCAGUGGCAGUCAUGAGGAAUCAGCAGAUUGGAGUGCUCCAAGUAGCAUGGAUCUUACUGAUUUCACAGAACAACAUGUAGCUGAACGUAUUGCAGCAUUGCAUCCCAUUAAUAUAAUGGACAAAACAAGGUGUGACCUUUGCGAGAGGCUUUUGUCCAAGAGAUCACCUUGGGGUUCUCGUCGAAUUGUCCGCACAGGAGAUCUUCCAAUUGCUGGUGUGCUUCCAUGCUGCCACGUCUAUCAUGCUGAGUGCUUGGAACGGAGCACCCCGAAAGGGCAGAAGCAUGACCCUCCUUGCCCCGUGUGCGAUAAGUUGGCUGGUAAAGAUACUGAGCAGUGGUCCAUUUGCAGGUUAAAAAACGGAUUCCCGAGAUUAAGAUCGCUAGGGGAAGGGCCUUCCCGAGUCUGGAGCUGUGCCCAGGCUGGAGACUGCGUUGCUGCGGCUGUCCAGAUACCAAGACCAAGUGGCAUUGCAUUGUUGGGUCGGAGUGGUCACAGGAGGCAUGGCCCUUCAAAGGGAGAAUCUGGUAAAGACUGCACUGAGACAUGAAGAGGUGCUUGCAUGUAGCUAGCUCCCUACCGCAUCAUUUUAGAGGAUGGCUGUUGCGUUGCAUUAUUGUCUCACUAUGAUCCCAAGCUUGGUAGAUGUCGAUGCUGAUAUUAUGAUGGUUUAGAAAUUGACAUAGAUGCACCUAUGUAGCUGACCAAAACCUUUGAAUUAUCAGGGCCGCCAGUUGUCCAUAGAUCUUUUUUUCCGUGUUUAUAUGUGCUCAAACUCGUCCUGAUUAACUUGUAUUCCCUCCGUCUCAUAUUAAGUGACUUUCUAUUACAUGUAUGUAGAUGCUUUUUAGGCAUAUAUACAUCCAUAUUUGGAUAAAUUUGAGUCACUUAAUAUGAGACAUAUGAGACUUAGGGAGUAUGUUUCUGCAAUGUUAGAAAUCAGGUGUACUGAUAUGCUAUUCGUGAGGAUCUAUAAGGUUGCCAGAAUUCUCUCUCCA